GCUGCUCACACGUACAUGCCUCCCCUCCCCAGGCCGAGGCCCAGCUGACCCCCAGGGCUUCCCCGGCAGCGGACAGGGAAGGGUUAAAGGCCCCCAGCUCCCUGCCCCCUGCCCUGGGGAACCCCUGCCCUGUGGGGACAUGAACACUGUUUGCUGCCUGAUCCUGGCCGCACUGAGCCUGUGGCCAGAUAGAGCUGCUGCCCCAGGGCCACCACCGGGCCCCCCUCGAACCUCCCCAGGCCCUCGGGCUGAGCUGGACAGCACCGUGCUCCUGACCCGUUCCCUCCUGGCCGACACUCGGCAGCUGGCUGCACAGCUGAGAGACAAAUUCCCAGCCGACGGGGACCACAGCCUGGACUCCCUUCCCACCUUGGCCAUGAGUGCAGGGGCACUGGGGGCUCUGCAGCUCCCAGGUGUGCUGACCAGACUUCGGGCAGACCUGCUGUCGUAUCUCAGGCACGUUCAGUGGCUUCGUCGGGCAAGUGGCCCUUCUCUGCGGAUCCUGGAGCCGGAGCUGGGAGCUCUGCAGGCCCGGCUGGACCGGCUGCUGCGCCGGCUACAGCUCCUGAUGUCCCGCCUGGCCCUGCCCCAGGUGCCCCCAGACCCUCCAGCUCCCCCACUGGCACCCCCAACCUCACCCUGGGGAGGCAUCAGGGCGGCCCACGCCAUUCUCGGGGGGCUGCACCUGACGCUCGACUGGGCCGUGCGGGGCUUGCUGCUGCUGAAGACUCGGCUGUGAUCCUCCCCCCCGCCCCCCCGGAGCCAUCUGCAUCCGUCCGUGUUCUUCCCGCCACAUCUUAUUUAUUUAUUUAUUUUGGGACUGGGGCCAUGGCAGCCAGAGGAUCCCUCCUCCACUCUCUCCCCCAGUUAGAGACCGUCCCUCCAGGAGACCUGGUGGGGCCGGGGGGCAUCCGUGCCUUAUUUAUACUUAUUUAUUUAAGGAGCCAGACAGGGAGGCAGGGGUACUUGGGGUCCCCAAGAGGAGGGAACUGGGGUCCCAGAUUCUUGGGUCUCUAAGAAGUCUGGCCACAGUGUCUCCCCGGCCCCCACUGCUCUGGGCCUGGACAGGAGCAUAUUUUAUUUAUUAAACAAUUACUUUCUGUGCUGGGAUGGGGAGGGAGGGGACAAGGAGGCCCAGGGUUUUUUGUACAAAAAUGUGAGAAACCUUUGUGAUAUGGAGAAGGGGGAUUAAAUUUGUCAUACACAUCACUUAGAGGCCAUUUCUCUGAGGACUGGGGUCUGGGAUGCUGCUGUCCCUGGGGCUGGGGGAGGUAGGGACCCUGAGUAGGGCAGGGCAGUGGACAGGAGCUGUUGGUCUCCCAGAGACCAUAAGCUCUGGGGAGCAGGGUCUGAGCCUCAUCCGGUGCUCAGCACUUCAUAGGCACUAAAUAAAUAUUUCAUGGAAGGUUCCAGAAGGUCAUCCUGUGACUGACAGUAUUUGUACAAGACAAAGCUGCAAUUCAAGGUUGUUCAUGAUGGCGAUGUUCACAACAAGUUGAAAACAACUUAGAUGUCCAACGGUGGGAGAUGGUUAAAUAACUACAGCACAUCCGUGUGAUGGAACCCCAAGAGCUGCAUACAGAGGCUGACUUAGAUGCAGAAAGACUACAGACUGCUGUGCUCCCCAUUUUGUGUUUCCCCAUUCCCCCCUCUAUAAUUUUUUAUAUAAUCUCUCUAUAUAUAAUUUUAUUUAAGUCCUAGAAGGAAAUACACCAAAACGUUGACAAGAGCCACCUCAGUGUGGAAGGGUAGGGGGUGGGAUUAAGGUGACUUUUAUUAUUUGUGCUUGUCUGUAUUUUCCAGAAUUUCUACAAUGACCAUGUAUUUUGCAUGACACAUUUUAAAAAAUAAACACUAUUUUUAGAAUGACAGAAUACCGGUCCCCCAUUCCAGCCCUUCCCCAAACAAUAAGCCCUCAGAAAGGUACAGAAUGACCGUUCCCUGAGCACCUGCUCUUGGCCACACCGUAAGUGUGGAGUUUUGCUUACAUGAUCCCAUAGAUCCUCCCAUGUUCCCCAUGUCAUAGGUGGGGAAACUGA